AUGGACGAAACUUUGGACGUGGAGCUCGAACGUGUCUUCGACGCUAUCUCCGCUCAAGAAUUCUUCAACCUGUGCAUCGAGUGUCUCUCGCUCUCCGAGCGAGACAUCGGUAAACCGACCAAGCCUUAUGGAGCCAUCAAGCAAGAGCUGAGUGACUACGUGAGGGCGACAUUCGACGAGGUAUUCCAAAACACGAGCGAGGAAAAACUCUUCGAUGCCGCUAGGAGAUCACCGGAAGUCCAAGUCGACUUACACGUCACAGUCGUUCAAGCACAGAAUCUCGUCGCCAAAGACGUAAGCGGCAUGUCCGAUCCUUAUUGCGUCCUUCGCGUUGGCUCUUCGCAGGUGGAGCGCAGCAGCGUGAAGCAGAAAACCAUCAAUCCGAGUUGGAAUGAAGCGUUUCAGAUUCGAAUCGAGGACCCCGCGAAUGAUGCUUUUACCCUCGAAGUUUGGGACAAGGACCCACGAACCGUGUGCGGUGUCUGUCGAGAGCUCUAUGACGUGCGUUCGUGCGCCUCCUGUUUAGUCUUCCUCCGGGAGUUCUUUGAACUGCUCUUCCAGAGCGAGGCGGACGAUUUUAUUGGAGGCGUAGUCAGAUUCGUCAACGAAAUUCCUUGCACAGGUAACGAGACGUGGCUCACGCUGAAAGACAGGCGUGGUCAGGGAACGUACGGAAAAGUCUAUGUAAAGCUAGGGUUCAAAUGCCCGUCGUCCAAACACCCGGACGCGUGGACGGUUUUGAAGCACCACUACUACCUUAGUCUUGUCUUUCUGCUUCAUCAUAGUACGGCUGUUCACCCUGAUGUCGUUCUUAGGAGGUGUCAGUGGGACGAGUGUCUUUCCGAAGAAGGCUUAACGUUGCUUUUCAGGCAUGCACUGUCCAAGAGCUUAGAAGAAGUCGAACAGUGUUUCUGUCGCAUCACGGCGCUCGCAGACGUGUCAAGGUCGGGCAAAGUACGAGUGAAUUUUUCGGUUCUUUACCGGUUGCUGGCCCGGAUGAGAUAUUUAGUUCGUGAGGCACACAAUCAGCUUAUUAAGAACGCUCUGGAGAACGUUCUUGGAACCCUGUCCACAACGUGUCUGGCACACUUCAGCAAACUGCACGAGCGGUUUAGGUUUGAGAAGAAAUACCAGCGCAUUGACUUAUUAGGGCUGCUCUUUUGCUGCGUCACCAUCGAAGCUUUGGGUACUAUUGAAGUGACGGAUCCUGCGAGCACAGAUAUAAUGAAAGAAGCGGCUGUCUGGUACAGGAGCCUUGUAAACGUAGAAGACCUGAGGGCGGAAGAUCCAGCCUUGCUUUGUCAGUGUCUUGACAACGUUAUUUCAACCAUUCAGAUGUACCACCAAGAAGCGGAUAAGAUAUUUCAGACUGCGUGGAACGAAACGUACAGUCAGAUUGUGGGCAAAGAACUUGACAAGUUCCUCUCAAGUACUUUUAAGCCAGGCCUGAAAAAACUGUGCUCCGAUCUAGACGAGAAAAAAAAAGGGGCUGACAUCGGCAAUUUUGAGAAAGUUGAAUUGAGUCUUAGAGCAUAUUACUGUCUCCACGGCUUUCAAGUCACGUUGAGAAAAGCACUACCCUCUGAAAGAAAUACACUUGAACUGGAUAAGGUUCAAGAGUGGUUUGGCUCAGACAUGGUGAUGCUAUGGUUUGAUUUUGCCAAAGCUCCUGUGUCCGGAUGGAUCUUGGAUUUGGUCAGAAAAGACGACAUGUCACCUCUUACUGCCGACAUUAAAUACGGAACCGCGGUCCGUGACACACUGGACAUUUUCCAUGGUCGCUACGUUCAGUUGUGGCAAAAGCUCCAGUUUCGUGACUUCCGUUGUGCUCUCGCUUUUGCGACAUCCGUAAGCGAAGGCGGUCUGAAUUUUUCAAAGUGCCUGGCCGAUCGAAUCACAGCCGAGGAAUGUUUUGACGCAGUCGGGGAAUUCGAGAUUUCGAGACAGCUGUGCGUUGCUAUCAGCAGUCUGUCCUUCAUGUCGUCUUUUUUGCAGGACACCAUCUCCCAGCUGGAAGUUUCUCUGUCGAGCGACUCGAAUCUCGCACCCAAAGUGAGUCAGAUUGUUUUCUGCUUGGAUCUGGCUGUCAACAAAACGCUCACUAUCGUCACCCGCGUGUGUUCCAAGGCUGUGGAUAAAUUGAAACCUGAACUUUGCGCGAGGCUGUCCGAAGUUGUGAACGCGCCCUCGACAUUCCUCCAGGAGAGGCAGCUCUAUUCGCUGGUGCAGUACGUGAACACCUGCAUCUCGACGCUUUACGAGUAUCUGGAAGCAGUCGCGUUUCGGAAGAUACUGGGCUUGCUGUGGAAAGGCGCCGUGAGUGCAGUUCGGAUGGAAGCUGCAUCGGUUCAGAAAGACUACUUUUUCCGAAUGAGGACGGCGCCUCUCAGCUACGUUGGGUUACACAACGCUUUGUUGCAAAUGAAGAGCGUGUUUCAUGGCAGUGGACAAGGGCUCCCCGAAGAAGAUCUCACAAUCAAGCCGUACGUGGAACUUGAACGAGAGUUGACUAAAAUCGUUGCUUCAAUAGGAAACAACGAAGCUGACACAGACACCCCGCCGACUCACGAAGUAUAUGUGUGA